AUGCAGCUCGACUGCAGCCACUGCAGUCGAUGGAGGGAAAUAGCUCCAUUCGGUAUUUUCAAACGGCGGUCGAUGCUCGACUCUUCCCAGUUCCCAGUUGAUGAUGUGCGGAGUAUUACGAUUCUCAGGUACUGUUGCUGUUUGCUGCCGCUGAUGUUGAUGUUGAGCCAAGACAUUGGUUACGUGCUGUACUCGGCACUCGGGUCGUUCUACAUUCCAAGCUGCAUUAUGGUGUUCGUAUACAUUAGGAUCUACUACGCGGCGAAAGCACGUGCGCGGCGGGGGAUUCGGAAAAAGCCACUCAAGCCACCAAGUGAACAGGACACCAGCUUCACACGUCCAACGGGCACCAACCCGAUGCCAUCGCUUCCCAGUGCCUCAUCCGUGUCGGCGGUAGCAGUAGGGCCGACGGCCGCCAGCGUCAACGGCCAGCAUCCGACCAGCAACAGCAAUAACAACAAUCUCAGCAGCAGUAUCAACCAGCAACCCCUGCAGGUACCACCGCUGCAGCAAAUAGCGACGAUAGAGCCUCCGCCACGGGGUCUUGCCGGUGGCGCUAGCUGUGGUGGUGGCGGCGGCGGCGGCCCAAUGCCAAUACCGGUGGUGACGUGCGAUUUCGCGUCCGAUAUGUCCACCAGUGAGGCUGCCGAUCAUGACCAUGCGGCCGUGGUUCAGGAGAUGAAGGAUACGCUGAAGGUGGGAAAUGCCGGUGGCGGCGGACUAACGUCUCUUCCGCUGCUGAGAGGGAACAAUGGUUCCAGUAUGGCAGCUCGGCCAGGUUUAGCUAGGAAUAGGGCACUUUCGGUAGGAAUUGAAACGGAUAUGGUGAGUGAGUUCGAUCCCUCUAGUUCGGACUCGGGGGUUGUCAGUAGGUGUGCGGUGGUCAAACCGCUGAAAUUUAGACUGUGCCAACCGAUAUUCGGUAGGCGGGGGGCAAAAGGCAGGAACAAAAAUAACCACGCCAAGGGGAACUGUGUGGGUGCAGGGGGCAUGGGAAUGGGUCAGCAAGCAAUUUCCAUAUCCGCCAAACAGAACGAUAGUGCUUGUAGCGAGAUGGAACCGGCACUGCCGAAGCCAAAACCGCGUGAUCCAGAGAAGGAAAAACGAAGGAUAGCGAGGAAGAAAGAAAAGAGGGCUACGCUGAUUCUGGGGUUGAUCAUGGGUAGCUUCAUUGCGUGCUGGCUACCGUUCUUCUUCCUGUACAUAUUGGUACCGAUUUGUCCGGAUUGCCACAUACCGGACUUUGCGUUUUCUUUAGCCUUCUGGUUGGGUUACAUGAACUCGGCGUUGAAUCCAGCGAUCUACACUAUUUUCAACAAAGACUUCAGACGGGCUUUUCGACGCAUACUGUUCAAGUGAUGUUUGGCCUACGUGUGCUGCUACCGCUGCGUUUCCCGGAGUAUCGAAAAGGCUACGGAGCGUGCGGUCAGUGGUGCACAGCUCGGCGGCGGAGGCUACCGGGGAGGUUAUCUGCGAUAACCCCUCUAAGGGUGCUCUCGUUGUUAGGCAUCUCUUCGCAUACCACCCACCAGUAUCUAUUUCUUCGCGGCCUUGCCCGCUGUGGCGGUCACAAUACAAGACUAACACCAAGCUAGGAAUACGAGCAUUGGGGGCUCGAAUCCCACCCGAAGAGGUCUUCGAUUUUACCGAAAAGGCUAGUUAAGGCAAAUUGAAAUCAAAACAACCAAAUGGAACUCGCAAAUUUUAUACGAAUUUCUACUGUGCUCAAGUUUAGAUGUGAAUGCCCGCCUCCCACCACCCACACCCACACAUACACACAGUUCCAACCCUUCUCUGCAGCAGGGCUGGACCCAUGAGCGGAAGGAUACCCCGAGGGACAGGAUUCAUCCACAUUGAAGUGUAACCGCAAACAAACGAUAGCAUGAGCAAUAAUUACUAUCUAAUUCUUCCGUGGUAAGUCACUGAAGGCAUGUUUUAUGUUCUAGGAAAAAAAUUGUUAUAAUACAAACAAAAGUAUAACCACUUAUUUCGGAAUUACUUAAGGAUCGAACCAAAGAAACCAAAAAAUCAUCGUGUAAAAAUGAUAAACUUAGAUGGUGAAUACUGGUAAAGAGAUGAGCAGAUAGGAUUUUUAAUUAAAAAAAUGAAGGAAUCGUCUGGCGGAAUAAUGUGCCCCUAUUAGUAAGCCUACCAUGCGAUUCUGUUCGACUGUGAAUAGUGUAAAUAACUUCGAUUCAUCACUCAUAUACACACACACGUACACAGACGCACCCAACACUUCACCGGAUGGAUACCAUGUUUUAAUCAAGCAAUAAAUCCACGUCUUGCAGCAAACGGGUCGAAGCGUGGAUCUGACCCUGUAAAUAGGUUCUAGAUUCGUUGGAAAUUCUUUGACAAAUUUUAAGAUGAUAAAAGGAUAAAAUAUAAUCAAAAAGUUCAUUUUGUAAAUAACUGUUACUCUCCCAUGUAUCGAUAGCUAUUCCUAUACAAGCAAGCAAGCAUCUGUUUUGCACUAUAAUUUUGGUACUUCGAUAAGUGUUACACAGAGAAAUUGUAUAAAAAAAACUAACGUUAUAGGUACGAGAGGAGUUCCCUGGUGAGGGAACCCCUUAGUCGAACCCCGCUGACCCCAAAGUGCUCCCCCAACUUUUUUUUACGGUCGGAUACUCGGCGGGUUGUUGGCGGGAGGCUGACAUAAACCAUGAAAGAAACUAAGUGAAAACUAGAGCGCCCCCUGCGCCGAAGGCUUCCGAGUUGACGCGUUGGAAAUGCGGAAGUAGUUUUUCCAGGCCUUCCGCGGGAGCGGGAGCGGGAGGGGGCCUGGGAAGCUGGCGCUUGUACAGUCGGACCGUUUCCCUCGACUCGGGCCGCGCGGGGGCGCACAAUUAGGCACAAGCGGAGGUGAGCGGAGCGAGAACGCCGCGCGUAAAAAUGUUAAAAACAGAUUACAAAAAAUUAACCAGAUGGAAGUUAGCAUUCUAAAUUAAUACGACUUAUAAUCAGCUAAGUGUACAUUUUUCUCCACACGAAUAUGCUAGCGAACAAAAGAGGAUACAUUUUUGGUGUGUUAAUGCGCAACGCAACAUAACAGUUUAGGAAGUGAGUAACGGAGAGAACACGAGAGAGUUUGCUGGUGAAUGCUUAGUGUCUAUUUAAAUUAAAACCUGAAUAAACCUACAGUGGAAACUCACGAUCGCGUAACUAUCGUAAACUAGAGCAUUUCGACGGAGGGUCUAUAGUAAGUAUAAUAAUCGAAAACAUUAUUUUUAUACAAUUUGACGUUAUGGUGUUUAGGGGAUGAGGCAAAUCAAGAAUAGCCAAAAGCAUUGCCAUAUUCAUAUUUACUUUCGUCAUCCACUAGAGACGGUUCUCUAUGUUUUCCUGCGUCACUCGGAGACGAAGGCACAGUCACACAGAACAAAGGUGCAAAGAUAGAACUCACACUUACGCAAAUUGGAUGUUGUAUUUUUCUCGUAUAGGUAUAUACAUGUAAAUGAACGCCAAAGGUUUCUACAUAAUUGGAGUAUAAAAAUGGUAAACAAGCAAACAGUGAUCGAGCAGCGUUAAGCAGAUUACCAAAAGCCGCUUUAUCAUUACCGAUUUUCUGUGAAUUUCCAAAAAAAAAGUAAUUCAAUCACCAACACUCCCCAUAAAUACAUGUACACACAAACUGACACGUUUUCACUUUACUCAGACUGACUGAUUUUCGUGAUGUUCUAAUCUGUAGAAAAAAAAAAUAAACCUGAGAGGAGUUGGAACUAGAGCGGAUAAAGGAUUCAAAUAGUUCGAAGAAUUAUAAAGUCAAAAUACAAAAUACUAAUUAUUGUUCCUUUGAAGCUCAUAAACAUAGUCAUAGUUUAGAAAUUGAUUGGACAAUGAGUGAAAUUGAUCUUCAAAGAAUUUCUCGCAAAAUUGGUUGUAAAGUAUUUCCCAUUUAGAAUUUUUCAAACAAAAAACUCUUCUGCUUUUCUAAUGAACUUGCGAAUUUCUCACUGAGUACCUCCCAUCAUUUUCAACACAGUGACAUUGUCAACCGAAUCUGUCAUAUUUUUCCACCACGCUGGACAAUUGCCCAAUUGCCAAAAAUUUAGACAAUUUGGUGGAUUCAUUCUUUCUUCAAGUCAAUAUGAUUCUGCUUAUACCAUUCUAGCUUCAGUGUUCUCGUGUUCCAAAGCGUUGGACCUGGGAUGGAACCUUGAAACCGAGAUGUUCUUCAGUAUCGGUUCCCUGACUGUGUUGUAUACCAGGAUACGAUUCGCCCAUGCCUCUGCAUCCUUCAACAUGCCAGAAAACAUAAGUUCUAACAAAUUUAGCCAUGGCUGGGUGACGCUCAUGAGCGGUAGCGACUUCUGGCGUAGGAUCUGUGGUAAGACUGCAUUACCAGUUUCGAUCAAAAUUCCAUUCCAAUUCCACAGCAUUUCAAAUCUUUUCAUUUUUUUUACUGGCUGUUUCUUGAGCAUCUACUACCUUGUCAAGCUGUCCAUAAUUCGCUGUAACAUGACUGAUCUCAAAUUCAACAUAGCGCUGUCGUCGCGAUCCUCAUUGAAUUAAAUCUAGCGCAGCCGUCGCAAUCCACUUCAUUGAAACCAAGCACGGUCGUCUCGAUCCGCCGUCAAUUUAUACUAGCGCGGUCGUCGCGAACCGCUUAUAAUUAAAACUGGCGCGGUCGUCACGAUCCGCUUUCAACUAAACCUGGCGCGGUCGUCUCGAUCCGCUUUUAAUUAAACCUGGCGCGGUCGUAACGAUCUACUCUUAAUUCAUACUAGUACGGUAGUCGCGAUCCGUUUUUAAAUAAACCAGGUGUGGUCGUCUCGAUCCGCUUUCAGUUUUAUCGAACGUGGUAGUUCCGACACUUUCUACAUAUCUGAUCUUACAUAUAAGCACAUCACUUCCCUUCAUAUUCAUUUUUUUUUUGUUACUUUAACCCGCUGUGCGAAACCAGCGAUUCAAUUCACACGUUCUGGCCUACCCACAUUUGAAUCAGCAUUGAAUCAUAUCUCAAAGUCAAAUACCCGUCCGUUAAUCUAAAUCAUUAAACUGCACGCCUUAGCAUGAGGCAUUUUGUAUCAACUGUCUGUAAGAAAUACUGAUAGAAAAAAAUUAGUUAAGUUUAGAUUGUUUGGAGUAACUUUGCUUCCUUGGGCAUGGGGAACGAGGAAUCCAAGUCCCCCCAUGAGAAAAUUGUCAUCAACCAGCAACAGCAAUCACAGCAGAACUUACUCCCGGUUAUUCCACAAGAGGAUGGAAUAAAAUCUAUUUACGUUAUCGCGCUUUGCUGUGUGACAUUAGUGAUUGGAAUCGCGGUACGUCUUUUGUAGAAUGUUGUACAGAUCGACUAAUCGGAUCCAGCAACGUACGGAGCAUGGACUCCACUGCAUAAUCAUAUCGUACAACACAAUAUAGGGAAACCAAUGACUAUCAACCCAAUUCACACCGUACUUGAACGCAACACUUCCAUUCACCGCAGUCCACCACGAUCCAUCAUGAAACGAAAAGUAAAAACAAUAAUAAUAAUACCCGCAUUCAACAACUUUACAACCGCCAAAAACAGCAAAACAAUCACGAUUACCAAGUCCGGACCAUGCCAUGUUUUUUUUUUCAAUUCGACACUAAUUUCCACUUCGAUUUUCGACAAUGAUUUACGUAUUUGAUUUCGCUUUAUCACCACGUUAAACAACCGGCCAAACUCAAUCUCAAACAAGUAGCUGUGCUACAGAAAACUCCAGCUCCUGACAGGAUCGCCAAUGUGAAUAUCCGGGCUACUUGGAGUCUACGGUUUCGCCCCGGGGCUCGGUAAACACGUCUGACCUCUGCUAUGACUGGAACAAGGAAGCCCCUUUUCCGUUUGACAUGUUCAGAUGAGCUGUCGGACCGAGCUCCAGGUCUGCUUGUCGGCUUGCUAUAAAAGGUGUAUAUAUGAAUGGUGGGAUGAACAAGUAUGGUGAGACAAUUAUAUCGGACAGUGCUGCCAAUACGCAUUCUGGAGUCCACACAAGACCGUCAUCCAGGCAUUUCUGCAGCACCAUUCUGAACAUGUUGCGGACAGCAAGGAUUGCCGAUUUCAGGACCACGUUGGUGAUUCCGUCGGGGCCGGGUGCUUUUUACAUCUUUGAACGUUUUGUCACCGCGAUGAUGUCUUCGUUGGUGACUUGUGCAUUCUCGCCUUCGUCCUCACCGUACAAUUUGGGUGACCACGUCGGUGGGUCGUGCUGCGGAAAGAGUCCAUUCACGAUGACCUCGAGUUUUUCCGGACAUAAUUCCAUGGGAGUCGUUGAACAAUGCGAUAUGCUCCACCCCAAAGAUUUGCGUCGACGUCUCGACACAGCACCCUAUAGCAGUUUGGUUUGCUCCUCCAAUUUAAAGGCGGCUCUGGUCGCCCGGAACAACGCGCGGUACUCCUCUAUUUCUACAUAGGUUCGUGCCCUCUGGACUCUUCUUCUGGCUCGUAGACAGUUAGCGCAGAGGAUGCUGAGUGUCUCGUUCCACCGGAAGACUGGGCGUUGGUUAUUCGUCGGGUCCAGUCUUCUCGACAUCGCUGUAUCGCAUGCCCUCAAUGUUCCUGUCAGUUCGUCGGCGCUCAGACUAGAAGUUCCGCUAUUUAUGCGUAGUGCUUCGACAAAGAGCAUCUUGUCAAAAACCUUUGUCCUCCACUUCCGGUCACAGGUUCUUGUUCUCCGUAUCACCGCAGGAUUCCGUUGGCAGACACUAUACAGAAUUGCCUGGUGGUCGCUGGUGGACUCUCCAUUUCGUGUAUGCCGAGUAAGGAAACUCUUCCUGUUUAUAUACUUUUUAAAAAAGAGUUUUAUUAAAUUCCUAACCUACUUAUUCCCUAGCCGACGUCCAGUGUGAGAAAAGAGAGCGAGCCACAUGGCUGUGGCCUUUUUAUUAUUUCAUUCUGCUGAGUAUGCAUAUCGCAUACCGCUGACGAUGGAUGUGCCGCGUGGCGUGGUAUACCGGCUGGAUUUCCUAACGGCUCCCCUUUUAGUCGAAAGUCGUCCUCGGCUUUCCUCAAUUAUCUUGCUGUGGUAUGAACUUAACCCUCGGUUUCUUCUGAAUAUAUUCAUCUACAAUGUCCUCCAUACUACCCGUUGGCGUGUCUCCCUUGAUAACGAUUUUGGUUCUAUUGCAUGGUGGAAGUAUGUUUUUGAUGACCAAGGUGAAAAUGAUUCCAAGGAUGAUUAGAGUUGUAACGGAGAAUGAACCAAAGGAUAUCCACUUGAAGGUGCGCAAACUUCCGUGUAUGUUUGUCGUCGUCAAGUUGAGCUUGUGCAGGUGUUCUCGAUGAUUUAGAUGAAGUUUCUGUAAGUAGUCUAGAGGCAUACGAUUGAUGAUUUCAGUGGCGUUUACCUUUAACCCGGUGGUUGGAAUAAAAGACGUUGCAGGUCCUUCAGCGUCGAGAUUUGUAUACUCCUCUCCAUUUAGGUGGAUAGUACAUCCGGAGAACUGAAUUAAGAAAGAUCCCUGCAAGUCUUUCGUGUGUUUGAAACAGCUUGAAGACAUAGUCAUGUUUGCAUCAUUUACAACGAUAUUGGCGUCGUUGAUUUUCUUUACAAAAUUUUGACCAUACGUUUUCUCAACCAUACAUUGGGCAGAACUUCCACUCAUUAGUUGUUGAAUGCAUGCUCCUGCUACUUCUAACUGCGACUCCUGGCAAAUGUAAAGUCCUCUGGUUUUAGGACAUAAAUUUUGCAUAUGGUAAGAUUUGGGUCCUUUUAGAUAGUAGUUUGAAGAUAGAUGAACACGUGUACCAUUGGUUAUGACUGGUUCGAUGUAGUGUAGCUCAUAAAUGACAUCCUUAAUUCUUGGAACUUUUAAGGUGUAGAUAAUUGAAUGUGAGGUUCGAAGAACAUAAGCGCUGGCGAUGUCCAGAAUAGUGCCGAAGGAAUCUAGUUCGAAAUUGUUGCUGGUGAGAAACUGUUGUGCUGCGAAGAUUUCUUCUGGGCUGAUGAGGCGGCUGCUUGGUAUAUUAAACCUAGCUAAAGUUAUAGCCUCCUCUACUAUCUCUAAAUUCUUGAUGAGCUCAUCUAAAUUAAAUAAAAGAUUAACUGAUUCAAAUCCAUCCAUUGUUUCAUUAUAUGACUUGUAAUAGUCGGUAGCUAGCAAAGAGAUAGUUUUUGUUAAGUUAUUGAUUCUUUCUUCAAAUUGCUUGUUAAUUGCUGUUUGCUUAUUAUUUUGUUCAAUUAGUGUAUUGGUAGUGGUAUUAAUGAUUUUCAAAUCUUCGGCAUCCGGGCUGCCUGAUAUAUAUUUCCAGGCUUUUCCUAGGGUUUCCCAUCGUCUGAAUCGUCUAAUAUUUGGCGUUUUCAGUUUUUCAAAAGUUAUUAACAAUUUUUCUUGUUUAGAUUUUAUAAGUGGGCUCAGGAUGUGUCUAUGUGUUAUCUUUUCAUUUGCAAUUACAAUCAGUUUUUCAAUAAUGGAUUCAAUAGAACUUACAUUUACACGGUGGAUAAUUCUAACAUAGUUAUGGCUUAUUCUCGCAGGUCCUAAUGACACAACAGCUAGAGGGUUUUGAUUUAAAUCGUGUAUGCGGACAUCGCAGUGUCCGCCCUGGAGUAGUAGACAUAGUCUGGAAGGAAGAUCAUAUAAAUGAGGGGUUUAGAUAGGAGAUCUUUUGAUGUCGAGUGGCGCAAAGAUACCGUUAUUCGUUGUUGGAUCCAUAUAAUCCUUCAAAAUCCUUGUUAGGUCUCCAUCCAUUUCUAUGAAAAAUGUGUCUUACUUGACCUGGAAAAGUAUUAUAUAUUAUAUGUGGGCUCUUAGACUUAUCCUUAGUAAUUUUUAAUAUAAGCUGGUUCUUGUAUUUGUUGAUAAUUUCUGGACCAUAUACUUCGUGAUUUUCAAAGCAUUCGCUUUCCAACGUUUGAAGAUUGAGUUCCAUGCGGGGAAUCCUGGAAAGCCCAUCCGCGACUACGUUUUGCUUUCCUUUCUUGUAAAUGAUUCGAAAGUCGAACUGUUCCAGAUAAAGCCGUUGUCGGGUCACUCUGCCAGUGGCGUCUGUCAAUUUUAGUUCUUUUGUUAAUGGUUCAUGGUUUUAACCAGUAGGCGGAUUUCUUCUUUGUUUAAAUGAUCGGCAGGAAAUUUUAGUUUACCUGUACUGCAUUUGUCUUCCAACAAGUAAGGAUCAUUAUCGAAUGGUUUCAAGUUGUGAUUUCUUUUCUUUCCAUUUGCAGACAGAAAUACUGUUGCCCUGUUAUCCUCGGCUACAUAUAAGCCAGGAUUUACAGUGACAUUUGAGUUGAUAUCUGUUUCAUGCUCAAUUAAAAAUGUGCCAUUCGAUGUAGUACAAAUAUCACCAAGUUUUUCACGCCACUUGUGGAAAUUUAUGUUUGAAGGAUAGUACUUUGUGAAAGAGUACUCUCUGUUACCAAUUUUUAAAAAAUGAUGUGUUGUAUCAAUGAUUGCGUUCAUGCGCGCUAAAUUUUCGUAGCCUAUAAGGCCAUCGAAAAAUGGAUGAAAUUUAAACACGUGGUAUGGCAAUUUUUCACUGAAGGAUUCUGCGAACAAAUUAGCAUGUAUAACGCUAUCUAUUACAAAUUUACCAUUUUUGUUUGUUACAACCGCAGGAUUAGAUACCUUGCUAGCGGUUUUGACAUGUUCCGGAUUUAUAUACGACUUAUUGGCCCCUGUGUCGACCAGAAAGUUUAAAUAACCUUUCGAAGUCGUAAAACGAAUGUAUGGUAUAAAAUUCAAGUUCGAGAGUUUUUCAAUCUGACCACGUGAAAAUUUAGUUCAUUGGAUUCCACUGCGAUAUCUGAUUCGUCGUCAUCGUCAUCGUCAUUGUCAUCGUCCGAGUCAUUGUCCUCUAUAGCGCUUUGCGCUCCAUUUGAUUCAUUAUUAUUAUGCUCAACCCGCGCUCUGUAUUGCUGAUAUGGUUUCUUAUGUUGUUGUUGUUGUUGUUGUUGUUGUUGUUGCUGUUGCGGUGGGGGUUUAUUAAAAUUUAAUUUACUUUGGUGUGCUUGAUUUCCGAAUGCUUUUGGUUUUACCGUCCCUUUUGCGCGUGUCUCGGCGUUAGCAUUAAGCAUAACUGCUGAGUGUGCUUCAUCGAGUGUAGAAGGUUUAGAAUUUCUAAUAAUGGACGCAAGUGGCUCCCCUAUAUUGUCCAAAUAUUUUGAGACUGUUAUCAUCUCGAUAAUUUCGUUUGGUGAAAGCGGGUUCAUUUGAAGAUUAGCCUUCAACUUAGUAUUGAUUUCUUUAACCUCGUUAAAGAAUCUCGAAUUGUUUUCGUCACCUUUACGGAUAUGGAAUAAAAGUGAAAGGUUAGUAGUAAAAUCUCUUUGGUCACCGAAGUUUUCGACCAAAAUUUUCUUAAUCCCCUGUAAAGUACUGGGAUUCCCGUUGGCACAUAGAAUGGUGCGUGCCUCACCUUUAAUUUUGUUUCUUAUUGCUCUGAGAUAGAACAUGUUUAAUGUGUCAGGAGCACCCUUUCGUCCCUUCACUUUAAAGGUAUCGUAUAAUUCGUCAACUUCUUCCAACCACGAGUUUAAUUCUCGUUUGUUGCCCGUGAACUCGGACAAAUUUUUGAUGGGAUCUGGCAGGCGAUAAAGAUCGUCAUUCUGCCCCCCGGCGAGCAUUGUUUUAAGCUCCUCAACCGUGUUACGGAGCUGCUCAAUUUCACUGCACUUUUCGUCUGGCAUUGUUUCGGUAGUUAAGUAUAAUUAAAUGUGUGUACUUACACGAUUAUUUCCAGCAUUCGAUAUGCUGAUAUGUAGGCCCCGAGGAGGCGGGCAAUAGUUGUCGUUCUGCUAGGGGCGAUGUCCAAGCGAUGCUCCAGAAUGAUUAUUCGGUGCUGCUGCUGGUGAUCACUACUAAGCUUUCACUGUCACUUUGUCACUUUUUUUCUAAAACCUCCUGAUGGGAUCCUACCGGCUGCGCCAGUAAGGAAACUCUUCCUGUUUAUAUACUUUUUAAAAAAGAGUUUUAUUAAAUUCCUAACCUACUUAUUCCCUAGCCGACGUCCAGUGUGAGAAAAGAGAGCGAGCCACAUGGCUGUGGCCUUUUUAUUAUUUCAUUCUGCUGAGUAUGCAUAUCGCAUACCGCUGACGAUGGAUGUGCCGCGUGGCGUGGUAUACCGGCUGGAUUUCCUAACGCCGCCAGUAAUGGACUGCAGAAAGUGACAUUGAUAAUGGAUUCGCGGCCGUCCUUUCGGAAGGGCCUGCUGGGGCCUACGUUCAGAAGUGUGACGUCUAGCGAGAGCUUCUAGUAGACUGUACCCCCUGGCGUUGGUAUAUCUGCUUCGCCAUUCCUCAGCCCAAGCGUUGAAGUCUCCUCCGAUAAUGACUGGUUGGCCGUUGACCUUAUCUGUGAGUAUGUCCAGCAUCUCGUGGAACUGCUCCGCUGACCAUCUUGGGGGUGCAUUGCAACUACCCAUGAAGAUUCCGCUGAUUUUGACGAUCACGAAACUUUCCUGUGAGCUCUCUACCCAUUCUUGAAUGGGAUACCUUCCCAUCACCAGUAUUGCAGCCACCCCUGCUUUAUCCGCCACCCAGUUACAUCUCAGCCUCCCUAAGAAGCAGGGCAGUAGGGAGAAAUUUUCGCUGUAAGAAGGUUUUUUUGUUUAGGCUCAUUUAGCGUUCCAGAUGUAUCAUAGCCGAAUUUAUUCGUGUACAUUUUUAUCUUAUCGAUAACAUGUAGUAUCGAUAACAUGUACACAAUGUCGCCUUUUCGGCGUUAGAGUAUUCCUGUUGUUCGAAUAUUCACAGUUAGGCCGUACACCGCGGAACAGAGUUGAUACGAGGCUUCCAUUGUUGUGUUAUUAAUAGCACCAAUUAUCGAUUCAGCAGACUAUAUAUGAGCGGCGAGAGGCUGGGAUCACCAUCACAUGAUGAUUGUUGCGUGGAUGUAGUAGCUAGGAUAACGCACAAAGAUGAACAAUUGAGGGCCCUGAGUUUUGAGCUCAUGAUCGUUCGCUUUGUGGCGGACACGCAACCAAUUUAUAUAGAACGAUCCUCUUCUGACUACCCCCUUAGGCCCUUGUUCCCCUUGAUUAAAAACUGCAAAAAAUUGGCUUCUUUCUACGACCAACCUUUCGGCCCGAACGGUGCGAAAUGAGUAGGUGAAUCGUUAUUUCACAUCGUUCAGCGCUACCUCUCGUGUAAGGAAUUGUCCUGUGUGACCAAUUCCAGGAAAAAGGAAAGGCGGGCUUGGGCUAUAGAGGGUUAAGUAGCAUGACACAUUGUGGUACAUUGCAUGUUGACAGAUUUCCAAACAAUACUGUCGCCGGCAUUCCCGUAGAGUAUUCCCUGAGCUAGUUCGCUGCAUCUGUCGGAUCGCUGAGAGUAAUGUCAUCCUCUUGCAAAAUGGGGUUGUGAGGUCUCUAUUUCCCAUUUAGUGCGUUGACGCGGCUCCAAAGUCCAACAGAGGAUUUGUUCUCUUUUAUGGAUUCCAGAAACCGCUCCAGCUGUCCUGCUUCGCCUUCCUGAUCAAGAAGUCGGAGGACAUUUUGCAGGCUGCCCAGUCAGCUUAAUCGUAAAUCUAUUUUGAGGCAGCGGCAGCUUUAGAUCGGGUACCAUCGUCGGCCGUGUGCCACCUCAGCCUAACCAUUAAGUUGAGGCAGGCUGUGGAAACGUCAAUGGCUGUAUUACUUGUACAUUGACAGAUGGUGUCCAUGCCACAUCGUUGAAGACCGAGAGAUCCAACACUUUCCAAGAGCUCGGCGAUGAUGGGGCGAUGAAGGGUGAAUACAUCUGGUGUUUGCAUUCCCCAGUUAUGGUGGUGAGCGUUGAGGUCCUCUAGGAUAAUUUUGGGGUUCAUCAUUAUGCCGGGAGUUCGGGUUCGAUUACCAUUUUUUGUCAGAGAAAUUUCCUCCGACUUGCACUGGGGUCACGCGUAUUCUAGAGCUUACCACUCAAAAUGCUUUCAAGGCGUGUUAUUUGGCAUAGGAAUCUCAACUAAGUACUAAUGAAAAUAAUACUCCGUUGAAACGGCGAAGUUCCUCUAGGAACACGUUAGUUAGAAGAAGGAGACGAAGAUGUGAAGUGAUGUACUUUUUUUAUAGGAUCGGGCUUGUGGAAGGGAUUGGAAUCAUGUUAAGUUUGAAAGCGGAUCGAGACGACCGCGGUGGUAUAAAUUGAAAGCGGAUCGAGACGACCGCGCUGGUAUAAUUUGAAAGCGGAUCGAGACGACCGCGCUGGUAUAAAUUGAAAGCGGAUCAAGACGACCGCGCUGGUAUAAAUUGAAAGCGAAUCGGGACGACCGCGCUAAGAUUAAAUUGAAAGCGGAUCGAGACGACCGCGCUGGUAUAAUGAAAGCGGAUCGAGACGACCGCGCUAGGUUCAAGUGAACGUGGAUCGCGAUGACCACGGUGGUAUAAAUUGAAAGCAGAUCGAGACGAGACUGGUAUAAUUUGAAAGCGAAUCGAGACGACCGCGCUGGUAUAAAUUGAAAGCGGAUCGAGACGACCGCGCUGGUAUAAAUUGAAAGCGGAUCGAGACGACCGCGCUGGUACAAAUUGAAAGCGAACCGGGACGACCGCGCUGGUAUGAGUUGAAACGGAUCGAGACGACUACGCUGGUAUAAAUUGAAAGUGGAUUGAGAUGAGACUGGUAUAAUUUGAAAACGGAUCGAGACGACCGCGUUGGUAGAAAUUGAAAGCGAAUCGGGACGACCGCGAACAAGUGAACGUGGAUCGCGAUGACCACGGUGGUAUAAAUUGAAAGCGGACCGAGACGACUGCGCUGGUAAUAUUAUGGAAGCAGAAGAAAGAAUUAAAUGAUAAUAUAAUGCUGCUUUAUAAGAGGGCAACAUAAAUUUUUUGGGGAAGAACUGAAGAGAGGCAAAUUUUCUUUCUUUUAUUCCCAGGAUUUGUUUUUUUUUAGAAUGGGGAGAGGAUGUGUGGACUCCAGAAUGCAUAUUGACAGCACUGCUAUUGAAGAACAAGGCUCCAAAUUGUGCGCCAAAGAAAUUUACCUCCGAGUAUUGUCUGGACAUUCGUUGGUGUUGCUCGAGUUCCCAUAUGGAGUGCAAUGAUCGACGGUCAAGGAUCUACAGGUCUUCCAGGCUAUUAUACAACCCACCGAUGUUCCACUGUCGAAGGAUUGAAUUGUGUUAAAUCAAUUUUUUUCUAAAAUUUUCUGUAUAUCCAUUUGGAUAAUGACACUCCUAUAGGAUCUGAUGUAAAUGAUGAAGUGGCGACCAUCUAUCAAAAUAUAAUCGAUAUGAAUUUAUGCUGAUUGUGAAAAUCAUGGGCGAGCUAGAUAACAUUCUUGAAGGCACGUGAAUAUUAAUCUGCCAAUCUCACUGAAAUGUACUUUUCAAAAUGAAGGCUCGAAUGCCGACCGGGAGUGAAAAUUUCCAAACAUUAAUUGAAAAUAUUUGAACAUAUCAUUCAUUGUACAAAAUCUUACCAAGUCAAAAUUGAGUCAACAAACUUCUUCAUCAGCUCUGGGAUCUCAUCAGACUGAGAAAAAAACAGGAAUCACAUUCCCUAGCUGCCUUAGCUCGCAAUGUUCGUUCCAACGCAAAGUGACAAACCUCCUUCCCUUCCACACGCAUCAAUUCGCUAUUCUCGAUUUUCCGUUCGAGACGACCAGACGUUGAGGUGACUGCGAAAAAGUUCCUAAUCGGGCAAACGGCAGCAGCAGCAGCACUCAUCAUCACAGCUUUCAAUCUCAUCCUCCGGGCCAAGGUUUUGGAUUAACUUGGGAUUCUCCCACCAGAAUAGAUUGUUAUUCCAUUCCGGAGGUCAUUCUGUUUGUCUCCUUAGCCCUCGCCUACGGAGACAAACUUUUCUCGAAAUUCAACCGGGUUGAUCACCUCAAUUUCGAAGUGAUGAAUCCCCCCAUUCAAAAGAAGAAAUAAGUGUUAAUGCGAAGGACGAACGAAGGGAUGUACGCAACUGACAGCGUCCAAAAAUUAGAUUUCUUCGCUUCGUUCGAAUGCAUCCGUUCCCAUUCCAAUGCUGCCUCAACGCCGCACGACAACACGAUAACUUCGGGGGGACAGAUAAAUUGCGAAAAGUUAUGCUGCUGCUGACGAAUGACGCGGAAAAUUGCAGCUGUCAAGUGGGAUUUUUCAUUCGAAGAUUUUCGCUUCCAAUCCGGAUGGCGGAUGGAAUAUGGCGACGGACGAACAAAGUUAAGAGUUGUGGCUUGAAACAUGAUGAGUUAUUAUUCAGCAGCCGGGAGUGAGGCUUCGAGACGGCGAAGUUCUACUGGCAGUUGAAGACAGAUGCUCCAAUAGCACGCCACAAAUGUUGCGUCCGAAUAUGUUUUCUUCUGUACAGAAGUUGUAUGCUUCGGUGAAAAUUGUGGAUCGUGAUCGUUAGAUUCGCUAGCUGUAUCUUUCCUAUAUUUCCUGCCGGCGCAAUGGAAGAUCCACCCUUGUUCGAAUACGACGAAUCGAGCAUAAACGCGUCAACGCUAAUCAACUGUUCGCUGUCAGCAGUGAAUCGAUCGCUAACUGUAUUGGGCAUCGAUGGCAUUGUUUCACCGCGUCGAUGCCUGCCGCAAAUCUGAUUUCCGGGACUCCUCGAUAUAAAAGAGACCAUUGUUGAAGCACAGCUCUCUAUUGGUUCAUUCGCUUGGGUCGGUAGCAGCAAUACAGCCGUCACGAAGCGAACAUUAAAUUAGAAAGUAGCGUAUCGUAUCCAGCGGUGUCUUCCAGUUUUUUUUCUCGAUCCAGUCAUCCAGUUGAACCCUGAAAUCUUCCAGUUUUUUUGAAAAUCUUCCAGUUUUAUCCAUUUUUUUAUAUGUGUGCUCUAGUUUUACCCGUCUUAUGUAAAAUAAAUUUCCUUUUUUUUUACACAGUCAACUCAGUGAACUGGAUGAAAAUAUACUGUUUUUCAGUCGUGUUUUAUCGCCCUCUGGACCACCGCGACAGGCAAGGUUGUAAUUUGGUCCUUUCCAAUUCGUUCAAUUUGUCGAUGUUUUGUCGAAAAUGCCAAAGCUAAGAGCUUCCUAAACACUGGAAACUUAUUAAACUACUUCAAAAACAGGGUAUCUCUUAUUUUCUCUUUUAUAGUGACUUUCAACACAGUUUGGCUCGUUUGUCACUUUUACUUCAAUUUUUGGAAGAAUUUCGGAAGUGAGAAUUGAACUCGUGACCUUAGCGUGAGAAUUAUGGAUGUUAUCACUACACCAGAUCGCUUCCACAUAGAGUAUUACUCAAUUUUUUAUCUUAUUUAACAACCUACCCAAGAAGCAACGUGCUACACUGUCUUUCAAUUUAUAUAAUUAUCAGAUGUUCUAGGUUCUCCAAACCAUUCUGAAAUUCAGACCAAUUGAUCCACCAUUUCAUCAGCGACUGGUCAAUGUUCACAAGAAAACUUACCCAAAAAAGUUCAUAGAGCCCGCGAUCUAUGCUGGCUUUGAGUUUAUAUAAACAUCAAAGGUUGUAGAUCCUCCAAAUCAUUCUAAAGUUCAGAAGGUCGUAGAGUAAAUGGUCUCCAAUGUAUUUAAUUGAUAUGAAUAUAAAACCCAAGUAACCUUGCUUUCGUUUGCAUCAAUUGGAUAUUGGUUUCUCAUGGUCACUCAAAGGAUUUUUAGUACUAAAUAUCAUUAAUUAUACGCAUAAUCUGAAUUUCCUUUAAAGAGCACACUUUGCAUAAAAUGUGUAUGUACCAUAGUGUUUAUUUUGCAAGAACGGAUACUAUGCAUUUUUUUUUCAAAAAUAUUUUCUCGAGCUAGAAGAAAUAUUGAGGGAUAACUCAUUUUGAUCUUGAUAACAAAAUUAGGUUUGGAUAAGCCUGAUAUAAAACUUGAGAGAAACAGCUUCUCAAUACCAAAAUUUGAUGAUUUCAAUACCACAGUAAUAUUUCAGUUGUUUUGGCAUUGAAUAUGCUUAUUUUAGUAUUAAAAUAAUAUUGUGGGAAGCUGUUUAUGCGAUUUUUGUUUGUUCUUUUACCUCGAAUCUCAUGCUAAUCCGUACCUUUUUGGGGUGUCGAACUGUGUUGUGUUCAUUUUCAUCUACUACGAUACACCUAAGUAAAAUGUUCUAAUAUUCUUUUAAAAUGCUCAAUUCAGAAAUAUUCAUCAUGUGCUGUUAUAACAUGGUACGAAAUUUUUCUAGAAAUCUAACACAUAGGUAACUACACAAAACAGUGCAUGGAGACGUCAGUUUGACGUUUUUGCGUCAAGUUUUGCCCAAAUAAAACAGUUUCUCAAAUAUUAUGCUCGAUUGGUGGGAAACGCAAUUUUGAUGUGCUCGAAUGAUAUCAUAAAUUAAUAGUUUAUUUCGCCAUUUUAUGAACUGCAUAUAAAUAUUACACGCAACUUCAAAGAAAAUUGUAGUAUUGGAAUGGGCAAAAAUUUUGUUUAGAUAAAUCAUAGCUGAUCUUCUUAAAACAAAACGGUUUUACUGGAUCCAGUUUUCUUCCAGUUUUUUUAAGAGCAAUCUUCCAGUUAUUUUAAAAAUAUUAUUGGCAACCCUGACCGUAUCGUAGUCGAAUCAAUUGAUUGCAAAAAAAAAAUUGCCAAAUAUUCUUACCUGAAAGACGAUUGGGUUCGUACCGAACCAUCUAAAAAUCACUUACCUAUGUCACUGUUGUGUCCUCUGAAGAGCUGAAAGUCAAACAAAAAUUGUUUAUUCUACUGAGCCGUCAAAUAACACCAAUCAACGUAUACAUUCAUUGUGAUUCAUAUUAUUUUUCGGAUGAACGUUAAAUUCGGGUAAACUUUAAAUUAACGCUUUCACAUAAAAAUAGAAAUAACUUCAAACACUUCACAAUGUUUUUAUAUGUAUUCAAAUGUUGUGUUCGAUACAAAAAAAACUGACACACCUGUAUUGAAAGUCCUCCCGCUUUGGAUUAAGCUACACUGAUGACUUCUGUGAUGAAUGUAAGUAAUGAAAUGUCAACGCUACGGAAUACGAGGGGUGCACCGAUGUAAUUGAGAUAACUGAAAAUUUGAAUGAAUAUUUAUUAAAAUCACACUAAAUUCGAACAACUUUUUUGUGUAAUUUGAUCAACAGUUGACUAGAGUCAAUACAUGUGUCAUGGAUGUGUGGAUUGCACACUAAAUUGACCGAGCACUCUGGCACUUUGGAAACUUCCUUUCAAUUAGGUUGUAUCACGAGAGGUUAUUCGCUUACGUAGAGUUCCUUUAUUAUUCACCUGCGGAAAAAAAUCGCGUUAACAAAGGAACAUUCGGAGGUCAUUUGGAUGCAGCGACAACGAAACAACUUCAUUCUAUUCAUCAAUGUUCUAAGAAAAAUUCCACAAUCAUCAUCCUCCCUAUCCGUGUUUCGCCAACAUUUUCAUUCACUUAAUAACAAGUUUUCCAAACGACCAACAAAAAAAACCGCGCAUCCCUGCCCACAUUUUUGUGUUGUCACAAAAAGGCAUCCGAGGCCAGCGAACUAAUCAAACAGAAAUUGCUCUAAUGAAAUGUGAAUCAUCUGCCCUGGUACUGUUUGUCAAGUUGAGCGGAAAAAUCUCCAUCAAGUCGAAACAAUAAAUUUGGCAAGUGGGCACAAACGAGAGCAACGGAGAAAGCUUUCCAAACAUCCGCCGGUAAUGACUGGAUUUUUUUUUGUUUUUUGUUCGGUUCCUUUUCUGUUUCAUUGGCGCGCAAUAUCGUCUGCAGAAAAACAACUUUGUUGCUUUUUGCCAGGAAUAAACCUGUCAUCUUCCUUAAUGAAACGUGUCAAGUACUCACCCCUUAGGACUGUGGGAAGUCCUCACUCAUUCAGAGACGGCUGCAAAUUUCAUCCAAAAUUAUCCGAAGACAAACAAGUUCAGCAAAUGGACGCAACGUGGUGGGGUGAAACCGAGGGCACCCAUUUAUUGACAUUCCGAUCUGUGGACCGUUUGGGGAACCCCCGAAUGGUACUUGACCGGGUGACAAUGGGCACCGCGCGGAAACGCGCCAAAACAGGAAAGGUGCUAAAAUGGAAAUAUGAAAAAUGAAGUUUUUAAUUUGAUUUCAGGGCUUUCCGUGCUCUCUCGGUCUGUAGACGGGGGCCAAUGCCGGAUCCUCUGUCUUUGUGUAUCCGCCGCAAGGUGAAUUCCUGUGCCAUCAUUGUCUUUGUCGGGCCCAUCCUGAAUGAUUUUUUUUUCUACCGAGGAUUUUACUUUGUGCGAAGAGUCUGUCUGUGAAACAGUAAAUAAACGAAAUUUGACUCUGUGUAUAGUGCCCACGUGUGGGACCAUCGGGUGAUGUUUGAGUUUAAUUUGUUGCUUUCUCGGUAGGUUUCCGUUCUGAGGAAUUGUUUAAUUGGGAAAGUUGAAAGUGUACCCAACAUUGUUUAAUUAGUGCAGUUGGGGACUCACAAUUAUUAAUAAUAAACUCUGUGUCAUUUUUGGUGCCUAAUUGAAACCAUUCCAUUUGGUAUCCUCUCCCUCCGUUUCUACGAAAAUAUGCAAGUAUCUGUAGAGCAACACUCACAACGCCCAGCUUGAGUGUCAUUUGGGAACCAUUUCUCGGACCUGCAACAGUUUUCAUUUUGUUUACCUUUGAAAGACCCUUCGGACUGAAACACUUCACAAAAACACUCACAAACAUUUGUCUUCCUCGGUGCAGACGUGUCAAAAGCAGUAGUAGCAACGAGAACUUAUCUCGAAACACAAACAUACACACACAUUCACAAACACAUGCCCCCAAAAGCUCACUUAACGCUCAUGCAGCUCGGAAACGUCACAUCGCAGCUCAAAGUUGGAAAACAGUAAUUAAUCAAAUCCAGUCGGAACGAGUGUUAACCGUUAGGAACGAUAACCGGAGGUUUAGAGUUGCUAUGUGUAAUGAAAUCGUGCCGUGAAGAUAGGUUAGAAUCGAAAAUGCACAAAAUAGACACCAGAGACGCGUGUGCGGUGUUAAUAGGUUUAGAAGGAAUUUUUCUAUACUUUUAAUCUAUUUUUUUUGCCUUCGUAAGCCUGAAAUCGUUUUUGCAGAUCAUGUGCUGUUUUGUUUAAAAAAUGGUUCUCAGAGAAAUCUCUUUUGCAAGUUUUAUGUAACGAAAAAUCAUACUGAAAUUCUUUCAAAUUAGAGCGCCUUGUUUUUUUUUGUAGGCUUAAAAUCAUGAUGUCAUCAAAAAGGUAUAUCGGUAAUCGACACUUCCUGAACAUGACAUUAUGCUCCGAAGUUUUUAUUCGUUACAUAUAUCCUAUUUAUCUAUUCAUAAAUCACGCAUUCUUGAGAUAAAUGUAUUUUUAAUAUGUUUUUGUAUAAAUCUGAUAGAUAGUAAAUUGCGUUACGUAGGGGGGGGGGGAGUCAGGUGCUUCAAAAUCCGGAUUUUUAGCGUUACGUAAUUUGUGCACGACGCCUAAUGAAACUUGUUUUGAGUUUUCAUCGGAGAAUGUCUGCUCAUUAGUAAAUGAAAUAUAUUGGAGAAGUGUGUAAUAAGCACCCCCUAAGCGAGAAUGGAUUUAUCUUGACCGUGCUCUUAAAAUUUAAGGUAACAACUACGUCCGUACGUAGAUUAGUUAACUCUCAGUCAUCUGUAAUCGUUCUGUAUUUUAGAUACUGAAUAACAAAAGUGCUACGAAUUUUAUUUUGUAAGGCGCCCAAAUUAUAUACCAUACGUUGAUGAAUGCUGAGAAGUAUAAGAUGCUCAUAAGCUGUUUCUCUCAGAGACUUUUGUUUUAUCUGUAUUAUAGUGACUUUCAACACUUUUGGCAGGUUCGUCACUUUUACUUCCAUUUUUGGAAGAAUGUUGGGAGUGAGAAUUGAACUCGUGACCUUCAGCGUGAGAAGUAUGGAUGUUACCACUACGCCAGAUCGCCUCCACUCUCUCAGAGACUGUAAAACUCAGAGAAACAGGUUGUAUGAAUGAGAGAUGUGUCUAAACGCGCCUGCCGGGCAAUUUGAUCCGCCUGAUUUUCUCGUAAACCAGCAAGAAUAGAAAUGCAAUGGCUAUAGGCAAUCGUGCUGAUCAAUGAUAGAAUCCUACCAAGCAAGUUUUACAUUUGUAACAUGCUUUAAAACAAUAAGAAACAUAAUUUUCUUUGGGAGCGAUUUUCGAUUUAAUUUUCUACAUCAUUUCUACAAAGUUUUUGUUACUUGCAACCGAUUCAGAGGCGAUAACUGUGAGUCAUAUUUAUUGAAUCGAGUUCCCAGUGGAUAUCUCAGAUGAAGAAAACGGUAAGAAAGGAUUCAUUUCCUUUUCAAUUUGAUAUUUUCCGCAUCAGCUUACCAUCGGGCAGUACGGCAUAUCCUCGAUCGGGGCAAUUUGCUCGCUUUCGGCCGGAUAGCAUUCUCACGAGAGAAACUGCUUGUAUGUGAGGGAUGCCAGAUGAUUUUUUCAAAUGACACGAAUAGAUGUCUUCAAUUGUAAUCAUAAUGAACAAAAAUGAGCAAACCCUCACGAUAUUUCUAAAUCAUGUUCGAUAAAUCACACAAACAAUUGCUUUCACAUACUUUGAAAUGACCUCAGUAUGUUUUCCCAAAAUUAAAUGUCUUCAAAACGAAAACAUGUCUUCACAUCUGGCAUCUAUAUUAUGUGCUCAGAGAAAGUAGGAAAAAAAAGAGCGCGUACUGGAGAAUUAAUGCACGAAUACAGGGAGAACACACUUACCGGAGAAACGGUUUCUUCUUAUCGCAGGUGGGCAUGAAGUCAAUAUUGAAGAAGAACCCAAAAUAUGGUGACACGCAGACGCGAUUUCGAACAAAUUUUGUUACUGUAUAGGAAAGCCCAAUUUUUUGGACAUUCGGAUCGAAUUCAUCGAAAUGCAUCGAUGCUUCAAAACUAUAAGCAUGUAUUUUCUAGUAAUCUUUUGGGAUGGUGGAACAUAUUCCUUAGUUGGCACGUAUGAUUUCUAAGAUUUGUUCGAGUUUUGGAACUUAAUUGACAUACUUUGUAAGCCCUAUCUCCCACAGGGCUUACGGGUCCAAAAAUGAAAGUUUGCCAUAGUUUACCAUCUAGUUCUGAUCAAUUUCAUGUCAAAUCGGCCGACCGCUAACCCGACCUUCUCCGAUUUUUUCGGGACAUGGUACUUAUAAUGGAAAUUAGCUAAAAUCACAAUUUUCAUUGUCAUACGACCAAUUUAAAUUACGACUGUUGUUUGAAAAGGGUGUAUUCAAAAUCAUUGAUCUUGCUUUCAAAAAAUCGUAACUCAAAAUCCAACAGUUUGAUUGAAAUAUGAUGUUUAACAAUGUUAUUAGAAAAUCAAUUAACUAUUUAUUAGAAAUAACAUUUUAAAUACACUGUUAAAAAAUCUUACUCAAAAAUUUAAUUUUAUAUUAAAACACCCUUGGAUAUUUUUUUAUAUUUUAAUUGAAAAAUACUUCUAAUUUUACAAAAUUUGACGUAUAGUGGUGGCGUGUUGAACUCACCAAAAUGAAGAUAUGAUUUUUUUUAAUUUAUGAAAUUUAUACUAUUUUUACAAUACUUUGUGAAAUCGUGUUUGUUUAUCAAAAGUAACAUAAAAAAAAGAAUCCUAGAACUGACCGUUCUCGAGUUAUAACCGUUUUAAUAUAAUAAGAAUCAUGUUCAAGAAAUGUUCGCUUCUGUUGGACACUAAGACUGAGGUUCCGACAUUUUACUAACAUUAUUUUACGGGGGUCUUCGUAGCCACUUGGUUGCGCGUUCGCUUACUAAGCGAUCGAUCGUGAGUUCAAAUUCAGCGCCCUCAAUUGACCAUCAUCAGCGAUGAAAAUCGAUUCAUCCAUACAACUGCUCUUCUCUGCAAGAAACAUCGGGCUGUUGUGCUAUAAAUAGCACAACAAUGAUCAGCUGUCUCCGCUGUCUGAUCUGCUGAACAAUGGAAGAACAGAAAGAAUACCCUUACGCCUAAAUGGAUGCCACUGUGUAAUUUACCAUAAUGUAAUGGAACAGAAAAAAAAUACCAUAAACAUGUACAUGUACACGAUUAAAACCCGGCUCUGUUACAGCUCAAAUGCUAAUGAGCCUAAAAAUAUAAACAAAUGGAAUAAUAAAAAAACAUUAUUUCCAUUAUAAAAAAAAAUCUUAUAUCGCGAGAACGGUUGGUCCUAGGGUAAAACAUAGUUUUCUAUGUUAAAUCGCAUGUAGAUUCUAUUUUUUAUGUGACUUUUCUCAAGUAGUCAUGAUUUCAACAAGUAUUCAAAUUACAUAAAUUUUCAAAAAUUCAUAUCUCCAUUUCGCUGAGUUCGAAACGCCACUACUAUACUUCAAACUUCAUAAAAUUAGAAGUGUUUUCCAAUAAAAAUACACAAGAAAAAUAGCGGAGGGGGGGUGUUUUGAGAUAUAAAAGUUUUUCAUAUUAAAUUUAGUUUUGGAGUAAGAUUAAGAGAUCAGUGUAUCCAAAAUGCUAUUUUUCAUAAAUAGUUCAUUGAUUCCACAACAACUUUGUCAAACAUCAUAUGUCAAUUAAACUUCUGGAUUCUGAGUUACAAUUUUUUGAAAUAAGGAUUAAUGAUUUUGAAUACACCCUUUUAAGAAAUCAUUCGAAAUUUUAAUUAUUCAUAUGACAAUGAAAAUUGUGAUUUCAGGUAGUUUCCAUUAUAAGUACCAAGUUUCAAAAAAAAAAUCGAAGAGAGUCGGGUCAGAAUUUGGUGUUUUUUGUUCGAUUUGGCGCGGGAUUGCUCUUCUAUAGUUAUGAAACACUGACGUUUUUGUUAUUUGAAUGUUUCAUGUCUGGAUAAAACAAUAAAUUCAGAUGGACAGUCGUAUAAAUGAAGAUGGUUAUUAUAUCUUACACUAUAUGCAUCAUUUCAACCGGCCUUCUACAUAUCUCUGGAAAAAAAAAUUAGUGGAUGUGACAAUAUGAACCAUAGUUUAUAUUCUGGACAAAUUCUCAAGUUGACUUCGUAUGAAUUGGUGUAAUGAUGUAUAUUAGUGCUCAUUCCGACAUCUAAAUCUGAUUGCCUAAAACUGCCAUCAAGGUUUUUUAAAUAUCGUAGAGUCAAACACAAUUUUGAGGAAAGCCUGGAUUCCUCUUCUUUCAUUCGAAUAAGUGUAAUAAUUCACUAUAGAUAGCGUAAUUCCCCGUACAUCGGUUAUUUUUUCUUUUCAUUUUCGGUGAAUUUUUCUAUAUUUUUUUAAAUAGAAUCAUUUGAAAUUAUCGCGACAGCUCAUCUUAAUAUAAUUUGCAAGUGAAAAUCAAAACAAAACAUGUCGACACAGUGUUUCCAGUUAACAAUCGUUGAAUUAUCGAUGUCAAAUAGUAAUUAAACCUAUAUGUUCUAAAAUGUGUUUCGCUGUGUUCUUUUGAAACAUUCGCGCUGUAUUUUGCUGAUGAUUUUGGAUGAACCUUACGCCCAAAUAGACCACAAAUCUUGAAUUUAGGUUGAAUAUCUCAUUUCAACACUAUUAAUUUUAUUUAAUAACCACAACAGCACAUGACACGCAAAAGAUUUCCACAUUCGAAAAAAAAACCGAGAAAGGAAAGCCGAAAGGUUACCAAAAAUGAUCAACGAACGCAUUGAAAACGCCCUCUUCUCAGCAAGUUCAAGCGAAGCAAAUACUUGCCAACCAACGCAUAAACUGAUGUGUAUAAAAAUGACCGCGUAGAUAUUAAGUAGAUGUACCCACAGAAGAGCUAGUUAGGGAAAAUACUCCAAACUUCCAGCCAAAGCCGGGAAGGUGGAAGAUUUAAACAAAUAACCGAAAACAAACACUCACACACAGACACAAAGCGAAACAACGAAUUAUAGUGGUGCUAUUUAAGAAAAUUGUCGUUGCCGUGUUGAGAAUAAAUAAGCGAGAAAAGAGAAAGAAGUACGCCAAAAUCAAACAAAGGAAAACAAACAGGUCGUCAAAUUCCGUUCGUUGAUCAUUGAAAGAAGUAGCUUUUCAGGAUGCAAUAGACAAGGGCAGCAAAAAAAAGGAUUCCCCGCUCGAACAAAAGGCGGGCUGGAAAGCAACGGUCUAAAAAGGCAACACAGAGCCCAGUUGUCCUUUUAGACCGAAUGGUGGCCAUAAACAAGAGGAGGAUCGAAACUCGCUGAAUGAAACCUUUUCUUCUAUCCUACUAAUAAGCGAGCACAAAGAGAACGUAUAAUUACUGUUGAACGAACAAUCUGAGAGUUUAUAUAUAUUAUAUAUAGUUUUUUUUCUCUUCUGUCCGAGCAGAAGCACACCUUUUUGGAAGCGAAAUCGUUACUUCGUUAUGGAUUCUAAAGCAAAGAAGCGCUAACACAAAGACCAAUCAAAUCGGUAGGAGAAAUCUAAUUUUAAAAAUGUUAAUCUUGUAUAAUAUAAUUCGUCGAACACAAAUUCACUCAUACACAGUCACAGUCAUACCCACACAAAUAAACGCACGAGCGUCGAAACUAAUCCCCACCAGAAUGCCAAAUACUGUUAGGAUCGGGGAAUGAAAUUAAUCACACAGGUUCGAAUGUGGCAACAUUCUGAAUGUUAAUGGGGCGAAUAAAGUGAACAGGAAGUACGCAGUUAGGCAAUCUCUCAUCUAUAUAAAACAAAUAUUCGAGGAAAAAAAUACACAAGUGUAAGUGAAAAUGACUAGAGGGCAAACAAUUUUAACAGUUCUGUUAGAUUUGUACUGUCAAGAAGAAACCAAAACAAACAAACAAAAAUAUAUAUAUAUAUAGAUAUAUAUUAACUAGGAAAAUCAGUAGCAUAAUUUCAAGUUUUCUAUUGUGUAAUGAUUUUUGAAAUUUUAUAACAGAUGAAAUAAAACUAGAGGAAUUAUGAGGAAAUUCAAACUGAUGUAUAUUGUUACCAUAUUACGUGAUAAUAAUGUGUACCAAACAAAGAAGAAGAAAAAAACAAAGUAUCUUAUAUAAAAUUAAACACAAAACUAAACAAAAAUGAUGGAAUUUAACAAAUAGAAAGAAAACAUCACCAAAAAAGCAUUCAUCGUCGUAAAAGCAAAGAAUCAAAUUCAACUUCAUCAACUGUCCAUAGAACGCCGCUGUCGUUUUUCAUCACAGAAAAGAAAAAAAAAAGUAACUGGAAACUAGUGAAUUUAAAAUGUUGAAUUAUUGAAAACUCGAGAUAACUACCAUUAAAAACAAAACAAACAAAAAAAGUAAUCAAAAAAAAAACAAAACAAUACAAUCGCAAAAAAACUUACACGAACUCAAUGCUGAAGCAAAACAGAAACUACUGUCUAUCUCACUCACGUGCACCGGUGGUAAGAGGGGAAUGAGGGUAGGAAAUCGGUACGAGUCACACUUGGAGACGGGGAGUAUCAAUGGUAGAUAGUCGGUUCGGUUCGUGUGCAAGUGUGAUUGAUGAGUUCAGGAAGGACGGAAGGAAUCUCAAUAAAUAUAGUCUACGGUGAAAACAAAGGAAGGAAAAAAAUAC